AUGAUGCCUCCGCCACAGACUCUGGUUUUCGUCAACCGCUCGGAGAUUGUUAUGGUAACAGAGACAUGGGCAUCGCCCUCUGUAGCUGACUGCGAACUCUCUAUUCUAGGCUGUGCUUGCAUUCGGAAUGAUCGUAAUAAUGGCCAUAGCGGAGGAAGCUUCAACCAUGUUAAGCAACCAAUUACAUUUUUGUCGCUGGAAUAUCCACAAUUUACGGCCGUAGAGGGGAGUUGCUGGCUCCGAGUUGUUCUAAAGAAUAACUACUUCCUACUCGUUGGCUGUUUGUAUCGCCCACCCAAUGACAAUGUGGACUACGAUUUUUGUCUCUCGCAGGCAUUUCAUGCCGCAGGCGACUUCAAUCUUCCUGGAGUGCAAUGGUUACUAUCCUCGGGUCCUCCAAAGUUUGAGAACUUACUUGAGACUGUAGAUAUCGGCAUGUGGGAUCAGUAUGGUAGACCAUUUGUGGACGCUGACGAUUUAAAAGUCGCUUAUCAAUAUAAACCAGCAGAUCUCAAAAUCGUACUCGAGCUGAUAAAAAAGGAUCUUAAGGCCUUUGCCAGUUGCGCUGCACAUGGCGCCUAUCCCUUUCUUGGCACAAAUGUUCCGCUAGGAAAACAGGUAUGUAUAGUCAGCUUAAUCACUUUCAGAACACCGUUACACUUGGCUUGCGCAAAAGGAAAUAUUGAAAUUAUCCAGUGUCUUUUGGAAUAUAAUGCCAAAGUCAAUCUUUUGGACCAAAAUUUUCAAACUCCUUUGAUGAAAGCAAUCCAGGGUGGUCAUUCGGAAUGCAUUGACCUUUUGCUCAACUACCGAGCGGAUCUUACCGUUAGAGAUGAAGAUGGAAAUGCUCCACUUCAUCUUGCUGUGAAAUAUGGGUACAGGGAUAUCGCCGAAUUAUUCCUGAAAGCUGGUGUUGGCAUUAAUUCGCAUAAUAGUCAAGGUAUGACUCCCCUACAUAUGGCCGUCGAAAACCAAAAUGUUGUCAUGGUAAACUUUCUCCUCUCGGAAGGCGCUGAGAUUGACUGCAUUACCAACACCAAAAAGUCGGCGUUGAUGAUCAGUUGCGAGAAAGGCGACGCGGAAAUAGCAGAUCUCCUUAUCAGUUGUGGUGCUGAUUUUGAACUGCGAGAUUGCCAUGGUAAUUCUCAUUGUGGGUCUGCUUUCUCUUUAUACACAUAG